AUGACACCGAAAGUGAAGAAGGAAGCCCCUGCCCCUCCCAGAGCUGAAGCCAAAGCAAAGGCUUUGAGGGCAAAGAAAACAGCGCUGAAAGUUCCCCCUGGCUACCGAGUCAGCCGUGAAGAAGAUAGAAGACAACUUGUGUUCGUUGUGGAUGUCAAGGCCAACAAGCACCAGAUCAAACAUGCCAUGAAGGAGCUCUAUGACAUUGAUGCGACCAAGGUCAACACCCUGGUCAGGCCUGAUGGAGAGGAGAAAGCCUGUGUUCAACUGGUUCCUGACUAUGAUGCUUUGGACGUUGCCAACAAAAUUAGGAUCAUCUAA